CAGCCUGGAGAAAGGAAAGCGCAAGUAGCCGCCACCGCCACCAGCGCCGCCAUGCCAGAGCCGAGAGGACCCGGGCCGCCGCCCCGCCGCGCCUCCUGCUCGCCACUGGCUCCCUGUCCUCGGAGAGCGCCCCAGGGCAAGCCCCACGCUGGCCAGCAGGGAAGAAGCAUCCUCUGGAGUGUAAGAAGCUAUCAUGCAAGAAUAAAAGAGCUCUCCUUAACUACGUGUCGUGUCUCUCUGCGGGCGGAGUGAACGCGAUACCUAAGAUACCAGUCCUGCUGCCAUUGAGAAACACGGUCCUAACUGGCCCUGGGAGGGUUUAUGCCGAUGGCCUGUUUUGCAUGAUACUGCAUCCACCCCCCACACCGCACCCCGAAUUCGUCGAAUUCACGUGAAUACAAGCAAGUGCAUACUCACUCACACCAGUUAGUUCGAGCCAUCAUUUCAGCAUGACAGCGAGGAAGAAGGCGGCUCGGGUGAUUGUUCCUCACUCUGUAAGUGAGGAGUCAUUGGUAUUAUCUUUUGAUGCCUAUUUAGAAGAUGAAGUACCUGAUAAAAUCCAAGAAAACUACAGAAUAAGACGCUAUAAAAUCUAUUUCUACCUUGAAGAUGACACAAUUCAAGUAAACGAACCAGAGUUGAAAAAUAGUGGAAUGCCUCAAGGGACUUUCAUCCGGCGUCAUCGGAUUUCACUCCCUCCUCCUGAUGAAGAUCAGUUUUAUACUGUGCAUCACUUCAAUAUCAACACAGACAUCAUCUUCUAUGGCCGGACAUUCAAGAUUUAUGACUGUGAUACGUUCACAAAAAACUUUUUGAGGAAAAUGGGAGUCAAAUUAAACUCCCCAGGACAGUGUCCAGAAGAUCCUUACAUGAAGUUACGGAGAGAGACUCUAGACUGCAUGGACCCCUUACGUCCCUAUGAGUCCUCUGACACCCUGAAACAGUUCCUUGAAUACGAUAGGAAGGUGUUACGUUUUUUCUGCCUGUGGGACGACUCCGCCUCGCUGUUUGGGGACCGUAGGGAACUCAUUCUGCAUUACUUUCUGUCUGAUGAUACCAUUGAAGUCAAAGAAGUGAUACCACACAACUCGGGCCGGGAUGCUAUGUCAUUGUUCCUCCAGAGAAGAAAGCUCCCUAAGUACGGCCCACCUGGAGUCUAUCAGCCAGGCCAAAUAACAGAUCGAACAGUUCUUAAUGUGUACAGUGGCUUGGGAGAGAACCGAGUCAAAGGCUACCUGUUGGAUAAAUACAAGCUAGGAAAAGUAGAUCAAGAGUUUUACAAAGAUGAUGACCUGUUCAUAGGAGCCACCAUCAACGUGUGGGGAAGGAAAGUGCUGCUUUGUGACUGUGAUGAAUUCACGAAGACUUAUUAUAAGACAAAAUAUGGAAUUGAGAACUUCACCUCGAUUCUGUGCAAGGCUCCACCUCCUCCAAAAAUAGAAAGGAAAUUUCCACCUUAUACCGGCUUUGGUUCUGAAGAGGAUUCUCUACGCUCCUGCAUAGGCCUCAGGCCCACACCUCAUCAGAAGAACUUCAGGAAGUUUGUGGAAAAAGACAGCUAUGGCAACAUAAGCAAUAUACUCCGGUUUUUUGCAAAACUCUUCACACACAAAUGUGCAGAUGUGGACAGGUUGUUUGUUAUUUCGUACUUUCUCAGUGAUGACACGAUUUCAAUAUUUGAACCUAUUGAGAGUAAUUCAGGGAUUACUGGCGGGAAGUUCUUGAAAAGAACUCGUGUUAAGAAGCCUGGGCAAGAGGUCUUUAAAAGUGAACUAUCAGAAUAUAUCAAGGCGGAGGAACUGUAUAUCGGAGCCAAAGUGAACGUGAAUGGCUACCUGUUUCUUUUGCUCAAUGCUGACAAGUACACCUUAAACUUCAUGGAAGCGAACUCAGAUAAGUUUCCUAUGAGCAGCAUUGAACUUAUCUUACAAAAGCUGAAAGAAGAAGAAUCAAAAUCCAGAGAGCUCAAGCAGGUUCUUAGAGCUGCUGACUCUAAGCUCACGAAGAUGGUGGAUUACAAUACAUUCAGAGACAUAAUAAUGAGUCUGACUGUUGGGAAACUCACAGACCAUGAAGUUAUAACCCUUGCCCGUCACUACCAGGUGCCCGAGGACACGAAGCCUGAUAUGAAUGUCCUAAUUGCACGGGCCCAUGAACAGCUCAAGAAAAACGCUUUUGAGAAUUUUGAAAGACUCAAUGCUAUUUGUGUCUACCAAGACCGAGAAAAAAAAAAAGUAUUACCCAGCAAAUACAUCAGAAGGCUGUGCAAGUCCUCCAGGUUACCUUUGACCGAUGAUCUUCUGGCAUCCAUACUGUCUCAAUUUGAAGACAGUAAAGAACAAAUAAAUUAUGAGUCACUUUUCUGCACCCUGAACUGGAGAAUGAAUCCAGUGCCCGAAUUGGAAGCACCGUCAUACUUGAAAGAGAGAUGUGAAGAUGAGUGGCUCGGGAUGCCGUCACCUAUCCCCGCGAAAUACAUUAACUACGUACGUCUUUUAAAGGAUGUGUUCGGCUUAGAGGAGGAGUAGCCAUAUGCCAGUUUCGGGCAACUGCCUUUGAUUUCCUGCUCUCAUUUCACUAAGUUUAUUUCAGUAGAUAUAAUUUCAUUUAAAAAAAAAAAAACAAGGUUCAUAUUGAAUUGAAAUCCAUAGGCCACAGUUAAUUCCCUUUUGUCAUUUUAGUUUUUCAGAACAUCGUGUUACACUACUGAUGUGCCAGUGUUAUUAAAAAUGCCAUUUAAAGAAACGUCAAACAUUUUUAUUACAUGUCUGAUUUAUUAAUACCAAAGAAUCUGACGGUAAUUUUCUAUCCAACAUAAUUUGAUUCAUUGCAACACAAAAAGAAAAUUACUUUUGACAGCUAUACAUGACAAUAUAAAAUCAAAUUAUAUCUGAGCAAUAAGUUGUGAUUCUAUUAAACAUUUUUUGAAAUCUUUUUGACACAUGUUUAUUACUUAUAUAAUUAAAUUUUGUUAGCAACCCACCUUAUCAAAAUAA